GUCCCGCUCUCGCUGCCGCCAUGGCGGCAGCUCCGCCGCUCUCCAAGGCCGAGUAUCUGAAGCGCUACUUAUCGGGGGCAGAUGCCGGCGUCCACGGGGGCUCCGAGUCCGGUCGCAAGCGUCGCAAAAAGCGACCGAAGCCUGGCGGGGCUGGCGGCAAGGGAAUGCGGAUUGUGGAUGAUGAUGUGAGCUGGACAUCUAUUUCCACCACUAAACCAGAAAAAGAGGAAGAGGAAGAUGAUGGAGAUUUGCCUGUGGUGGCUGAAUUUGUGGAUGAGCGACCAGAAGAGGUAAAGCAGAUGGAAACCUUUCGUUCCAGUGCCAAAUGGAAGCUUUUGGGAGGCCACAAUGAAGACCUAUCUUCACACAGACAUUUCUGUCACGACACCCCGGAUCCUUCUCCUCCUAGGAGGCUCCGUCACGACACCCCAGAUCCGUCUCCUCCUAGGAGGGCCCGUCACAACACCCCAGAUCCUUCUCCUCCUAGGAGGGCCCGUCACGACACCCCAGAUCCUUCUCCUCCCAGGAGGGCCCGUCAUGACACCCCAGAUCCAUCUCCUAGGAGGGUCCGUCACGACACCCCGGAUCCUUCUCCUCCUAGGAGGCUCCGUCAUGAUACCCCAGAUCCUUCUCCUCCUAGGAGGUCCCGUCACGACACCCCAGAUCCAUCUCCUCCUAGGAGGGUCCAUCACGACACCCCGGAUCCUUCUCCUCCUAGGAGGCUCCGUCAUGAUACCCCAGAUCCUUCUCCUCCUAGGAGGUCCCGUCACGACACCCCAGAUCCUUCUCCUCCUAGGAGGGUCCGUCAUGACACCCUGGAUUCAUCCCCUCCUAGGAGGGUUUGUCAUGAUUCCGAAGACCCAUCUUCCCCCAGAAGGGCCCAUCGUGAUUCAUCAGAUCCCUCUCCUCUCAGGAAACCUCAUCGUCAUUCUUCAGGUGUAUCUCCUAGGAGGACCCGUCAUGACACACCAGAUCCAUCUCCUCCUAGAAGGGCCUAUCACAGUUCCUCUGAUAUCUCUCCCCACGGAAGGGCCCGUAACAGCUGCCCUGACACAUCUCAACCUAGAAGGACUCUUAGCUCUUUAGACACAUUGCAGCUCAGGAGGGCCCGGCAUGACUCCCCCGAUUUGGCUCCUAAUGUUCCUCAUUCACUGCCCAAAACCAAAAGCAGUAAAGCCCCAGAAAGAGCCUCUGGAAAAACUUCUCCACAUUGGAAGGGGCCAGGACCCUCUCAUCUGUCACUCCUGAAGAACAGUAAAUAUGGAUAUGACUCUGACCUCUCUCCUCCACGAAAAAAGCAAGCAAAAUCCCAUGUCAGAAGUAAACAGCAUGAUUCUAAAGGCUCUUCACCCAGCCAUAGGAAAUUUCAUACAAACUCUUCACCUAGAAGACAUCAGAGUGACACAUCGGACAACCGGAAAGCUUCUGAUUCAGAUCUUUCUCCUCCACGGAAUAAACAAAGUUCAGGGCACCAGGAUUCUGAUACAGAUCUGUCACCUCCACGGAAUAGACCUAGACACCAGAGCUCUGACUCUGACCUCUCCCCACCAAGGAGGAAACCGAGGGCCAAAUCUUCUGAUUCUGAUCUCUCUCUACCUCGAAGGACUCAGCCUCUGGGAAAGAAGGCUGCACACAUGUAUUCUGGGGCUCAAACUGGGCUGGUGUUAACUGACAUACAGCGAGAGCAGCAGGAACUCAAGAAACGGGACCAAGAAACCAUGGCAUUUGAAGCUGAAUUCCAGUAUGCUGAAACUGUAUUUCGAGAUAAGUCUGGCCGUAAAAGGGAUUUGAAACUGGAACGUUUAGAGCAAAGGAGAAAAGCAGAGAAGGCCUCGGAGAGAGAUGAACUGUAUGCCCAGUGGGGAAAAGGCCUUGCCCAGAGCCGGCAGCAGCAACAAAAUGUGGAGGACGCAAUAAAGGAAAUGCAGAAACCUCUGGCCCGCUACAUUGAUGAUGAGGACCUGGACCGGAUGCUGAGAGAACAAGAAAGAGAGGGGGACCCCAUGGCCAACUUUAUCAGGAAGAAUAAGGCCAAGGAGAACAAGAAUAAGAAAGUGAGACCUCGCUACAGUGGCAUAGCACCUCCUCCCAACAGAUUCAAUAUCUGGCCUGGAUAUCGCUGGGAUGGAGUGGACAGGUCCAAUGGAUUUGAACAGAAGCGCUUUUCCAGGCUUGCCAGCAAGAAGGCGGUGGAGGAACUUGCCUACAAGUGGAGUGUUGAGGAUAUGUAACUUUUCUGAGGCUGUAGGGGUGGUUAUGGGCUGUGGUAGUGGACCUGGGGCAGGCAGACAUCCAGCUGCAGUAGUUGUCUAUGCUAAUAAUCAGGGUCCACAUAGAUCAGCAACUUGUCGAACGUUAGUUUUGAGUACGAGCAUUUGAGAAGAAGAAUUUUUGAGACCUGAUGUUUGGACUGAGGCACCUCUAACUUCUCAGGUGUGCCAACACUUGGCUGUUGCUGGCUUUCAAAGGAAACAUUGAUUUUUCAGUGUCCCAGGGUUUGUUCUUGGUUAGGUUUUUUUAAUAAACAUAUUUAUUUUUUUAAAA